AGCGACAGGUCUCGGGCCCCGAGGCGGAACGGUGGGUGCCGGACCCCCAGGCGGAGCGACAGGUCUCGGGCCCCCAGGCAGAGUGACAGGUCUCGGGCCCCCAGGCGGAGCGGGCAUCGGGUCCUUAGGUACCGGAUCGUCUGGAUCGACAGCGGGCACCGGGUCAUCUGCCGUUGGAUCGUCUGGCUCGACAGCGGGCAUCGGGUUACCAGGCAUGACAGCAGGCACUGGAUCAUCAGGUACCGGAUCGUCUGGAUCAACGGCGGGCACCGGGUCAUCUGGCGCUGGAUCGUCUGGCUUGACAGCGGGCAUCGGGUCACCAGG